GUGGGAGGAAAUGAAGCAAAGAGAGUGUUGGUAGCUGAGCACCCAAUAUAUGUAAGUGGGCCGCCCUGCUCUCAUCCCCUCUCUCUUUCACUUUUCAAUUUCAUCCUCCUUGUACUCGUAGAGGCCCUGUGCCUGCAAAGCAUGCUUUUGGAUGUACACCCAAUUUCCACUCCACACUCUACACUCCAACUCUAAGAUUUUGCAGAUAAACUGCUGAAUUUUUGCAUAUGAUGCGUUGUGGUGGAUGUGGAUUGACGCGGACAGUGAUAGAGGCCUGGAUUCGGGACUACGAUAACCUCCAGUGGCUCGCUGUCAAGCUGAUCUACGCUCAGAUUGCCUGCGCAUUGAUUGGAUCCCUCGCCCCGCUCUACAAUGGUGUCCUGCUCGUUGAUUUAGGGAUUUCCUUGUUCGCGCUCGUCGCCAUUGAGAGCAGCAGUCAGAGCCUCGCCAGGACUUACGCCUUCCUCCUAUUCUGCUCCGUUUUCCUCGACCUCUCCUGGUUUUUGCUUUUCUCCCAUGAUAUCUGGCGUACUCCACCUGAGUUUCACGGAACCUUUUUAAGCAUUUUGGUGAACCUGACCCUUGCCAUGCAGAUUGUUGGAUUUUCUGUGAGGUUGUCGUCGUCAUUAUUAUGGAUACAGAUGUACAGACUGGGUGUUUCUACUGUAGAUAACUCAGGUGCUAGAGAUACAGAUGGUGAUUUGAGAAAUAGUUUUCUCAAUCCUGCCACUCCUAUAGUUCGACGCAGCUCUGAUUGUGAUGAUGUUGUUGGAGGCGCAAUAUAUGAUCCUGCAUAUUAUUCAUCUCUGUUUGAAGACGGCAAGGACGACACUUAUCAUUCUGUGGAUAGUAGAAGUCAUGAUAUUUCUCGAUCAGGUUCUCCCUCUGCUGCUGAAACUUCUCAGUUGGAUCCAUCCAUGCACAGAUCUUUCCAUGUUAAAGAUGACGAGAAUGCUGUAAGAAAGCUCCAGAUUGUCUGAACUGGAUGAUUGAUUUCUUGAUGUGGCGUCCACUCCCCAUACAUUUCUUUGGAGGAUUAUUUUUGUACUCAAUUAGACAUGACUGUUAUAGGUAGCAAGAAUUUGUACAGGUACUUGCAUUCUUUUUGCAGCUAAAAUGUGGAGAGGCAAUCCAAAGGUCUCGUUGUUUCUCUUUUUGGUGUAAAGACUGUGAUAAUGUCAAAAGGUUUUGAAGCAAUAGCAAGGCAGAAUUCUGAUAUA